AUGGGCACCCGACGGGACGGCAAGUGGAGCUGGGCCUCGUUCCUCGCCGGCGGGGUCUCGGCCGUCGCUGGCGCCGCCCUCCUCCGCGCCAGGCCCAAGGACCCGACGUUCCACCUCAUCUCCAUCAGCCUCAGCUCGUUCAAGCUCAACUUCCCCGUCCUGGACGCCGAGCUGACCCUCACCGUCCACGUCACCAACCCCAACAUCGUCCCCAUCCAGUACUCCGCCGCCACGAUGUCGAUCUACUACGACGGGUCGCUCCUCGGGUCGGCCCGGGUCGAGGCCGGGUCGCAGCCGGCCAAGUCGUGCCAGCUGCUCCGGCUCCCCGGUCGGCUCGACAGCCUGGAGCUGGCCCACCACGCGAAGCAGUUCCUCAACGACGUCGCUUCGAGGGAGAUGGUGCUGGAUGCCAAGGUGGACAUCGGUGGGACCGCCAAGCUGCUGUGGUGGGACCACGGGUUCACCAUCCACGUGGAGAGCAAGGUGACCGUCGAUCCGCUGUUUUUGGACGUCGUUGAUCAGGAAAAUAACUCGACCAUGGAUCUUUGA